AUGGCGGACAAAAUAGCUGUUGUCACCGGUGCAAAUAAAGGCUUAGGAUAUGCAAUUGUGAAAGGAUUGUGUCAAAAAUAUGAUGGCAUAGUUUACUUGACUGCACGAGACGAAAAUAGAGGGAAACAAGCAAUAAAAACAUUAAACGAAAUUGGAUUGAAACCAGUUUUCCAUCAAUUAGACGUAAGUGAUAGUAACAGUGUGGAAAAAUUCGCAGAUUUUAUUAAAAGUAAACACGGUGGUUUCGAUGUGUUGGUGAAUAACGCCGCUAUUUUGGAGUGGGAUGCAGUUUACCCGACUUACGAAGUGGCUAAACGGAAUAUUGAUGUUAACUACAAAAGUUUACUGACAAUUGAAAAGUAUUUGUACCCUUUGUUAAGAGAUGGCGCUAGAGUUGUCAACAUUUCGAGCGCAUGUGGCCAUCUAUCAAAUAUAAAGAACAAAAGAUGGAUUGAAACAUUAAUGGAUCCAGAUUUAACAACUGAACAAAUAAACGAGUUUGUAAAUGAAUAUUUGGAAAGUGUUAAAAACAAAACAUUUAAUAAAAAUGACUUUGCUGAUGAUGGUAAACACGCCGAACACAGGGUAUCAAAAAUUGCACUAACGGCAUUAACUAUGGUCCAGCAGCGGAAAUACGAGAAUAUAUCAAUAAAUGCUGUACACCCAGGACAUAUUAAGACUGAUAUGGCUCACGGUGGUGGUGAAGUCGACGCUGAUGAAGCUGCAAAAGUCGUCCUAUACCUAAUUCUCGAAGCGUCUCCAAAAUUGAAAGGAAUUUUCAUGUGGAACAAUAAAAGGCUUAUUGAUUGGUAUGACCCAUACAAUACGGAAUUUUCUUGUACUGGACUUUGGUGA